GUAUAAAUGGGCCAAUGACCGACAAAAACACAACACCCAGUUUGGACUGACACUAUAGCAACUUCUAUAACCAAACACGGAGCCAAGAUGAGAGUCGGAGUGCCCAUAUUCCUCUUUCUGGCUGCAGCAGGAUUCCAUACUGCUCUGACCGCAUCCUUGGAAUCGGCAGAAAAAGAAGACACAUUUGGUGAGGAAGUGGGGCUGGAGCAGCUAAGCGACCUGCAAAAGAGAGAUCAGGAGGAGUUUGAAGCAGCUCAAAUGAGUGCUACAGAUGAUGCACACAGUGAGGAUGUACAGUACUUGGAGGCUGUUCAAGAUGAAAAUACUGAGGAGGAGAAUGACACUCAGGAAGAGGACAUGACAGACAGAGACGGAAACGUUGAGGCAGACCAACAUGUUUCCUGUUCUCCAACAGAGUCUGAGUCUGAUGAGGAUGUAGAUGGUAUGAUGCAAAAACCAGAACACCUUGAAGCCAACGUUGAAGAAGCAGAUGAGACUACGAAUUUAGCUGAGGUAGAGUGAGCCUGCAGGAGGCAUCAUGUGAGGAGGCAGCACUUGCAGACCCCCCCCCCCCCCCCAUCUUCCAUUACAGAACCUGAAGAACAUUGUGCAGCGGAACAGUUAACCGUCAAUAAAGAGAAACAUCUCUCCCCAUUCUA